AAACCCCCAACUAUGUGUUAAUUUUUUCUCAUCUCGUGAUUCCCUUUAACAUUAAACCGCUCUUUCUCUCUUUAAUUCAGCUACCACACUUCUCUUCUUCUUCUUCUUCUUUCUUCUUCUUCUUCUUCUUUCUUCUUCUUCUUCUUCUUCUUCUUCUUCCUUAUUUUUCCAAAUUCCAAACAUUUCCCAACAAUAUGCUCUAAUCCCAACCUCAAUCUCUCUCUCUCUCUCUCUCUCUCUCUCUUAUUUUUUUUAAUUAUUAAGGGGUGUGAGAGUUAAAUGGGGAAGAAAGGAACUGGCUGGUUCUCCACUGUGAAGAAAGUCUUCAAAUCCAACAAUAAUACUCCUUCCAAGGACUACUCACCUCACUCAUUGCUCAACAAGAAGGAAAGUGCGAAUGUGGAAAAAUGGCAGCACAAUGCUCCAGAUGUUAUAUCAUUUGAACAAUUUCCAAUAGAAAAUUCGACAGAAAUAACGAACAACGAAAGUGUUCAAUCGACGCCAAGGAUUGAAGGUCGAGAUCAUGCCAUUGUUGUUGCUGCUGCGACUGCGGCAGCUGCAGAAGCUGCAGUUGCAGCUGCUGAGGCAGCAGCAAAAGUAGUUCGCUUGGCUGGCUAUGGAUGGAAAUCUAGAGAAGAUAGAGCAGCAACUCUUAUUCAAGCUUAUUAUAGAGGCUACUUGGCUCGACGAGCUCUUCGUGCUUUAAAGGGGCUAGUAAGAUUGCAAGCAUUGGUCCGAGGCCACAAUGUUCGAAAGCAAGCACAAAUGACAAUGCGUUGCAUGCAAGCUUUGGUGCGGGUGCAAGCAAGAGUUCGUGCUCGUAGGUUGCAAUUGGCCAACCAAAAUUAUAAUAAAAGAAUUGCAGAACAAGAAAAUGAUGAAGAUGAAGACGAUGAAGAAGAAAAGUUAUUGAAAAACAAAUUAAAGAAAUAUGAGAUGGAAAGUUGGGAUGGUAGGGUUUUAAGUGUAGAGAAAAUCAAAGAAAAUUCUUCGAGAAAACGUGAUGCCUUAAUGAAAAGGGAAAGAGCUCUUGCUUACGCAUAUUCAUAUCAGCAACAACAUCAAAGAAGACAAGAUGAAGAAAGAAUUUUACAAUUGGGUGAAGAUGUGAAUGAUUUAGGGUUUAGGCAUGACAAGGGUGAAUAUGGUUGGAAUUGGCUUGAGCAUUGGAUGUCUUCUCAACCAUAUAACAAUGUUCGUCAAUCCACAACACGUGAGUCUUAUAUCACACCUACCACCGCCACCACAGCCACAGAUGACAUGUCGGAAAAGACAGUUGAAAUGGACCCAAUUGCUUUGGCCCGACUAAAUUUGGACCCUAUCGACAUAGGACGAUCAGUAAGUGGUCCAUACUCGUCUCGACAACCGAUUUCAAAAAAUAUUCCAAGUUACAUGGCCUCAACCCAAUCUGCUAAGGCCAAGGUAAGAAACCAAGGCAUGGUCAAACAUCAAGGACCAAAUUGGAACAAAUCAAUGAGAAGAAGAUCAGUUUUCGGCUCGGGUUGUGACUCUUCGAGUUCGGGUGGAGGAACGAUGGCCUACCAAGGUCAAAGAAGCCCAAUCCUAAUGAACAAUGGGCCUCGCUUGUCUCCUAUACACAUAAUGGGCUGUGGCCCAGACUACCCAGGAGGUGAAGAUUGGGCCCUUCCACCCCUUGGUGUCAAUAGUUGGAGAGCUGGUUUUGCUUGAAUCACUUCAUUUCUCAUCUCUUGUAUGUUUAAUAAAGUGAAUUAUCAAACUUUGCCUGUUCAUACUUUUCUAUUUAUUAACUUCAGAAUUUGUGUUAAAUUCACCUUAUAUACUUCAAAAAAAAAUGUUCCCAAUAACUUUAUCAUUUUUCAAUUUUCA